UUUUGUGAGUGGUUAGGUUAGGAAAAUGAGAAGGAAAUGUAUAGAAAUUUGUCAAAAAAUUCAUUUUCUGUUUAGUUACUAAAAAACUGAAUAUACAUAUAUUAGUUUAGUUUCCCAUUAGUUUUAUUUUUCUUUAACAGAUUUAAGAUUUAAAAUGAAAACAUACACAGUGAUUAAAAUUAAUUAAAGGAAAAAAAAAAAAAAAAAGUUCCCGCUAAUUUUCUUCUGCCGUACCGUGCCGUACCUCCCACGCCGGUGCACAUUUUAAGCAUCCAUGCGCACUCGGAACAAGGUAGAAAAAUCAGUAGGAAGCACCUCUAUAUAAGUCGGAUACAGUUUGGAGCGCAUUUCGAAAUUUGUAGAAUCAGUGUUCGCUACUGAGUGGAGAACAAACAAUGGAAGACGACGCAGGAGAAAUAUCGAGCUUCGUAGUCGGUUUGAUCGAGAACAGAGCCAAGGAGGUUGGAGUGGCUGCCUUUGACUUGAGGUCAGCUUCGCUCCAUCUUUCUCAAUACAUUGAAACUAGCAGUUCAUAUCAGAACACAAAGACAUUGCUGCAUUUCUAUGAUCCAAUGGUGAUUAUCGUUCCUCCUAGCAAGCUUGCACCUGAUGGAAUGGUUGGAGUCUCAAUACUGGUGGACAGAUUUUAUUCAUCAAUUAAGAAGGUCAUAAUGGCCCGUGGUUGCUUUGAUGACACCAAGGGGGCUGUGCUGGUUAAAAAUUUAGCGGCCAAGGAACCAUCAGCACUUGGUUUGGAUACUUACUACAAGCAAUAUUAUCUUUGCCUAGCUGCAGCUUCUGCAACUUUUAAGUGGACUGAAGCAGAGAAAGGAGUCAUCAUUACAAAUCACUCGUUGUUGGUUACUUUUAAUGGAUCAUUUGACCACAUGAAUAUUGAUGCCACCAGUGUCCAGAACUUGGAAAUCAUUGAUCCAUUGCAUUCGACUCUUUGGGGCACGAGCAACAAAAAGAGAAGUCUAUUCCACAUGCUGAAGACAACAAGAACUAUUGGAGGGACUAGACUUCUCCGAGCCAAUCUUUUGCAGCCACUGAAAGACAUUGAAACUAUCAACACUAGACUUGAUUGCCUGGAUGAAUUGAUGAGCAAUGAGCAACUAUUCUUUGGUCUCUCCCAGGUUCUUCGUAAGUUUCCAAAAGAAACUGAUAGGGUCCUUUGUCACUUCUGCUUCAAGCCAAAGAAAGUUACAAAUGAGGUAUUGGGCAUUGAUAAUGCUAGAAAGAGCCAAAUUUUGAUUUCAAGCAUUAUUCUUCUUAAAACUGCUCUUGAUGCAAUGCCGUUACUCUUAAAGGUGCUCAAGGAUGCAAAUAGUUUUCUUCUUGGAAAUGUUUACAGAUCUGUAUGUGAGAAUGAAAAAUAUGCUUCAAUAAGGAAAAGAAUUGGAGAGGUGAUUGAUGAAGAUGUGCUUCAUGCACGGGUCCCCUUUGUUGCCCAGACACAGCAGUGUUUUGCUGUUAAGGCAGGAAUAGAUGGACUUCUGGAUAUUGCAAGGAGGUCAUUUUGUGACAUCAGUGAAGCUAUACAUAAACUUGCAAACCAAUAUCGUGAAGAUUUCAAAGUGCCAAAUUUGAAAAUCCCAUUUAACAAGAGGCAAGGCUUUUACUUUAGCAUUCCGCAGAAGGACAUACAAGGAAAGCUUCCAAGCAAGUUCAUUCAGGUUGUGAAACAUGGAAACAAUAUACAUUGUUCGACUCUGGAACUUGCUUCUUUAAAUGUGAGGCACAAGUCUGCAGCUGCUGAAUGCUAUAUACGGACAGAACUUUGCCUAGAAGCGUUAGCUGAUGCCAUAAGGGAAGAUGUCUCUGUGCUUACCCUGCUCGCUGAGGUCUUAAGCCUUCUAGAUAUGAUUGUGAAUUCAUUUGCUCAUACAAUAUCCACUAAGCCUGUUGAUCGAUAUGUUAGACCUCAAUUUACUGAUAAUGGCCCACUGGCAAUUGAUGCUGGAAGACACCCUAUCUUGGAAAGCAUACACAAUGACUUUGUUCCCAACAAUUUAUUCCUUUCCAAAGCAUCAAACAUGAUAAUUGUCAUGGGCCCAAACAUGUGUGGAAAAAGUACUUAUCUUCAACAGGUGUGCUUGAUAGUCAUCCUUGCUCAAGUCGGUUGUUAUAUUCCUGCCCGCUUUGCAACUAUAAGGGUAGUUGAUCGUAUAUUUACAAGGAUGGGAACUCUGGACAAUCUUGAGUCAAACUCUAGCACGUUUAUGACGGAAAUGAAAGAGACGGCUUUUAUCAUGCAGAAUGUUUCCGAAAGGAGUCUAAUUGUUAUGGAUGAACUGGGAAGGGCCACUUCUUCCUCUGAUGGAUUUGCAAUCGCAUGGAGCUGCUGUGAACAUCUUUUACCACUCAAAGCGUAUACCAUAUUUGCUACUCACAUGGAGAACCUAUCAGAAUUAGCUACCAUCUACCCUAAUGUCAAAAUUCUUCACUUUCUCGUUGAUGUCAAGAGCAAUCGCUUGGAUUUCAAGUUUCAACUCCAAGAUGGACUGCUAUGUGUACCACACUACGGGCUUCUGUUAGCAGGAGUGGCUGGAUUACCUAGCUCGGUCAUUGAAACAGCCAAAAUCAUCACAGCAAGGAUAACAGAAAAGGCAGUGAAGAGAAUGGAAGUAAACUGUCUGCAGUAUCAAGAUAUCCAGAUGGUUUACCGUGUUGCUCAACGGCUGAUAUGCUUGAAAUACUCCAGCCAAGAUGAAGAUUCAAUCCGAGAAACAUUGCAGAAUCUCAAAGACAGCUAUAUAAAUGGAAGCAUAUAGAGUUCUAUUACAAGCCCCAUCAAUGGUUAUAUGUUCUUGCGGCAAAUAUGUAUAUAUAAGAUCUGCAAAUCUCUCUCUCUCUCUCUCUCUCUCUGUAAAUCUAGUGCCACACGCUCAAAACAAAAAUACAAAUUUGAUAGUUGAGCCCAUGAAGCUUGAAGAGUGAAGAAACUAUACCCACAACCAAGUAUAAAAUCAAAUACAAGUCAAAUGUCAAUGAAGCCAUCAAAAGUUGCAUGUGAUAAAAGUUUUGAAAACCUGUAGAACUACAAUUAAAACUUCCCAUCUCUUUUUUUUCUUUGAUCCCUGAGUCACUAUACAAAGCUCAAUUAAAAAUUAAAAAUCAUCUUCAUUUUUGUGCUAAAAACCGAAGAAACAUUAGACAGCAGCCUUUUUUGGAUGGAUUUUUGUUUGUUGUCAUAAAUAACAUUAAUGACAUUCAAAAGCACUGAUCACUUUCUCAUCAUCUUUGAUUGAGUGAAACAGUUAACAAAAAUUCAAAAAUUACUGUUCAGUGUUUUCUAAAAGUGGACUCUUUUCAUAAAAUUUUCAUAAAAAACAAUUUUAAAAUUACUUGGUUAAACAAGUUAUGUUUUCUGAAAAAUAAAACAAUAAACUAAAAUACAACAAAAGAGAUGAAAUAACUUCCCACUUGUUUCUGCUUUGUGGGAGAGUCCAGUUGGGUCACUAUAAUGACACUUGCAUUUCACAAUUCACAUAUUCUAUCAAAUAAUUCUUGAAAAUUCAUGACUAAUGCUAUAUGAAAAACAAAUUUAUCAGUUGCAACACAAAAUCCGAAUUGACUAAAUUAACAUCAUGAGUUCAAACCCUUAAGCUGGAACAGGAUUUCAGAAUUCUCAAAAUCAAAAUUUCAACCUCAUUGACAGAGCAAACCUAAUGUCAUAUUCAAA